AUGCAGAUUGGAAAGAAUCAGGAGGAAAAACAUUUGAAGGAAAAGCAUACAGCCAGAUUGGAGAAGUUCAAGGAUGCUCCCAUUCAAGAUCCAGCUUUUUCAGUGGCAACGUCCUCUUCGUAUCCUGAAAAAAUCAAGUCGAAAUCAAAGCGAAAGAAAAAACACAAGAAACAUUCACAUGAAGAAAAUAGCCAAGAAAAGCACCAAACUUCUACAACUACAAAACCUACUUAUUCCUCAGCAGAUAGUACAGGUGAAUUGCCAUGGUGUAAAAUAUGCAAGUCUUCUGAAUUCUGCAGACAUGCACUUAAACGCAAAGCAGUGCCAUCAACUGAGGAAGAAGAUCUUGAGUUGUUGAAGUCAAAAGCAAGUUGCUCUUCAUUUGAAUCCUUACAAACUGGUUUUAAAGACUACAUAAGCAAAGUAUAUUUACAAGAAGCUAAAGGGGCGACUGGAAUACAUGAGAAGGACAGAAGUCAAUGCUGUGCAAUUAAAUCUGUGCAUGGAACAAGCAAACUCACUGUUUCGUGUGAUGAACUGAAACAUAAGGAAAUUGAAACCAAAGAACAGACAAAAUCUUUAACAGAGUUGCAUAAGAAAUUGAAUAAUUCAGAUAUAAAACAAAACUUUAAGGAUUCGUAUGAAGUUCUAAGAAACUUUGAAGAACGAGAUACCUCCAAAAAAAAUUCUGAUAUUUUUGUGAAGUUGCACGAGAAGCCUUGUAGCUCUGGAAAAUCAUUUGAUGUGUGGAAAGUAACCAGCGCACCCCUGAAGCCUGUCAAAAAUACAGGAAAUUCUAGUGAAGGUUCAAAAAUUCCAGAAUCUGUUAUUUGGGAGAAGUGCAAUAAAAUAUCUAAUUGCUUGAGAGAACGCAGAAAAAAAUCUAAAAUAUUGGAACAGGCUGGCAAUGAGUCCAGCACAGUAAGAACGGCAUCUUACUUAGCCAAAAAUUUGGGAAAACCCAAUGAUCAGUUAAAAUCCUCAGGGAUUGAAAAACCGAAUAUAAUUUCUAAGGAUCAAAAAAGCUCUGAAUCGUUUGGUAAGAAUUACAAACAGUCAUUAAGGCCCUGUAAUGAUUCUGAAGGGACCACAUUGGUUCAAGAAAGAAAAGGAGUAUCAGAAUAUCCACAAAAACAUCAGCUUGAAAUCAUGGAUUCAGACUUAACUCAGAAGUCUGGACUCUUUGAAAGAACUGAUGUGACAGUAUUAUCAUCAAAUUCUGAAAAAGUUGAGGAAUUUGAAACUCCAAAACAAACUAAAAAGUUUAAUAGUUUUAAAAUUCUUAAAAAGGCCUAUGCUACUGAUGCCUUGUCACAGCGUAUUUCUCAAAAGUUAUUAACUUCAAGUGCUGCUCAGUCAAAGUGUCAAUCUUCAGACAAUGCAACAAAAUCUGCUUCGAAACAGCAGGAUCAUGUACUGUUUGCACAUCAGCCGGAUUCUCAGAAAUGGAAUUCAUCUACAGCUUUAUCAGAUAAUGUGGAUAUGGAUACUGAUCAAAAGAUGGAGAUAGUAGAAGAGCUGCAAACAGCUAGAUAUGAAAAAGUCUUGGAGGUGGAACUGGGACAGAGCUAUGGAGAGUUGACAAGCAUGGAGAUAGAUCCGCCUCAGGAAAUAAAAGUAUGCUCAACUGAAGCUACUUCGAAGUCCGACAUUCUCCUUGUACUUGAUACCAACAUUUUUAUCAGUCACCUAAACUUUAUUGUGAAUAUAAAGGACCAUGGAGUUGCAGGUGUUGGUUUCCCAAUUAUCGUCAUUCCAUGGGUAGUUCUACAGGAAUUGGAUUCCUUAAAAAAUGGAAGGCUCUCCGGAGGUGUGAAUCGUAAAGCCAUACCCGCUGUACAGUUCAUUUAUUCCUGCUUUAAAAGUCGACAUCCACAUGUAUGGGGGCAGUCCAUGCAACAGGCAGCUCAGAAGUUCUGUGGCUUACGUGAAGAAAACAAUGAUGAUCGUGUGUUGCAGUGUUGUUUACAAUAUCAGCAGUUAUACUCUUCUGCAGAUGUCCUCCUGUGCAGCACCUACGGGCGCAACACCCUGAAACUGGCCUGCAGCUGGGAGACAAAUGCCAUCUGUCUGAACGCGACCCGCGAACAACAAUACCUCCUGCAUGAAUGCCUCAGAAAACAGGUACUACCACAAAGCUUAAAAUAUAAACCACCUAUCAGCAAUUUGCAGGCACGGAGAGCAGCUGCACAGAAUGGUUGCAGAAUGAUAAGGGUUAUGAUCAAUGAUCCCCACAACUGUGUCCACAAAAACAAGCCAGAAAUUGCACGCCAUAAAGGAAAUUUGCAGUCCAACGCAACCAACCAAGAAUGGACAACCACACUGGAACAAGCCAUCACUACACAACAACAAAAGACCAGAAGAAAAGAAUUGCCUUAA